CCGUUUGAUUUCGCCCCCUCCCUCCAUUAAAAAAAAAUCCAUAGCAAUGGCGUCGGAGGGAAUUCUUUUGGGAAUGGGGAACCCCCUCCUCGACAUCUCCGCCGUCGUCGACGAGGAUUUCCUCAACAAAUAUGACAUCAAGCUGAACAAUGCCAUUCUCGCAGAGGACAAGCAUGUGCCCAUGUAUGAAGAAAUGGCUUCAAAGUACAGUGUGGAGUAUAUUGCUGGAGGGGCUACACAAAAUGCAAUCAGGGUUGCCCAGUGGAUGCUUCAAACUCCUGGUGCAACUAGCUUUAUGGGUUGCAUUGGAAAGGACAAGUUUGGUGAAGAAAUGAAGAGAGCCUCAACAGCUGCUGGUGUCAAUGUUCACUAUCGUGAGGAUGAGACUGCUGCAACCGGUACAUGUGCUGUCUGUGUUGUUGGAGGUGAAAGGUCCUUGAUUGCUAACUUAUCUGCAGCGAAUUGUUACAAGCCUGACCAUUUGAAAAAACCAGAGAACUGGGGACUAGUUGAAAAGGCAAAGUAUAUCUAUAUUGCCGGUUUCUUCCUCACGGUCUCUCCUGAAUCUAUCUUGCUUGUCGCUGAGCAUGCAGCUGCAAACAACAAGGUGUUCAUGAUGAAUCUCUCUGCACCUUUCAUUUGUGAGUUCUUCAAAGAUGCCCAAGAGAAGGUUUUACCGUACUGUAGCUAUAUUUUUGGGAAUGAAACUGAAGCACAGACCUUCGCCAAAGUCCAUGGUUGGGAGACUGAGAAUGUUGAGGAGAUUGCAUUAAAGAUCUCAGAAUUACCCAAGGCACCAGGACUACCCAAGAGAACCGUCGUUAUCACUCAAGGUGCUGAUCCUGUUGUUGUCGCUGAGGAUGGGAAGGUGAAAACUUUUCCAGUCAUUUUGUUGCCAAAGGAGAAGCUGGUUGACACAAAUGGCGCAGGUGAUGCAUUUGUGGGGGGAUUCCUCUCUCAGUUGGUUCAAGGGAAGAGCAUAGAGGACUGUGUUAGGGCUGGCUGUUAUGCAGCAAAUGUCAUUAUUCAGAGGUCAGGCUGCACUUACCCUGAGAAGCCUGAUUUUCAGUGAAUUUUUUUUUUUUUUUUUGCGUCGUGGUACUAAAUAAUAGGAAUGAGCGCACAUCAAAGCAAGUCUAGGCCUCCAUCCUUUUUCCUUGUUUUUUAUGUUUCCAUUGGGUAUUGUCAUUAUUAUUCUUGCUUGUCACCAUGAUGAUGUGGUGAAGGCAACAUGCUAUUUUGUAGUUUGAACGUCUGAGCAAUAUUUGUAACGGUGAAUUUUAAGUGAGGUUGCUUCUAUUUUAUGCUCUUUUGUUUUCAAGGUAAUGCCAUUUGAUAUGAAGUUCCUUUA